AUGCACCACACCCGCCGCAAGUCCGGCCAUGCCUCGACGAACACAUCCAUGACCGAUGUGCGCAAGGCCGUCACCGUCUCAGAUCUCUCGCGUUCACGACGGCCUCAAACUCUGUCGAGGAAGAACACGCCGCAGACCGUUACCAAGCUCGGGAAGAACCCUCGCGACCGCGAACGGGAAUGGGAAGAAGCCCGCGGGUGGGAAGACGAGCGGGAGACCUUUCCCCAAUACUGCAUGAGCUGUGAGAAACAAUUUAUCCCCCAAGACGAGCGAUUCCUAUACUGCUCCGAGGCAUGUCGCAAGUAUGAUCAGAACUCAAGUUCUGUUGCAUCACAAUACCCACCAUCAAGACAUGACAGCUAUGGUAGCUUGCCGUUCUACUCGGCGGGCGACCCAGAACCCCGCGACAUUAUCCCGCGGGCCUCGCCAUCACGUCCCAGCUCAACGUACUUCUCCCCUCCCACCACACCAACCAGCACGCAGUAUACGAGUGCGGUUUCUGCCUUGAGGUCACUGUCCAUACGACCUCCCAGCCCGCCUUCGCCAACGACGAGUAGCGCCAGCCUCUGGCCAUUCACUCGAACAGCAGCGACGAGUCCCAGCACGUCCUACGCGAAGCCCUCCAACUUUUACUCGUCAACAUACGACUCUGGCUACGGAGCUUCCGGCUAUCAGUAUGGAUACGGGUACGCCUCUGCCGGCGUGGCUUCGGAUCGACCUCUACCGUCCAGGAAACCAGGGGGCUACGGCCGGCCAAAAAGCAUCGAACUAGUGACGCCCAUGGUCGGUCGCUGA